UCCAAUUCUGAGCGUUCCGUGAGCAGGAGCUGGGGGACCCAAGGUCCGAAGUGGGGUUCAGGAGUCGGAGCGCUGGGUUUUAAUCCCAGCAUUUCCACUUACAGAGGUUCAGCUGUUUUACUGAGCACCUGGUGUGUGCCAGAAACCCAAGGAGGCCUGGGAGAGAGCCAGGGAGGAUUAAAUAAAUCGGUGCAGGUAAAGGUGCUUCCUGCUUUACAUGGAUAAUACCGUUUACGUGGAAUUGAAGACACCAUCAAAUGUGCUGGCGAUAUAUGGUGAAUAUAAGAUGCAAUCCCUGGUUCGAGGAAGAAAGAGGAAGAAUGACUCAUUCAGUGCUGGCAGGGCUGUCAUGGAAGCAUGGAGAGUGUCCAGCUGCCCGAGGCGAGCACUGCCCAGAAGUCUGGAAGACUGGGUCCAGGAGUGCCCGAUAGGCAGGAGCACAGUGGCAUCCCACAGAGGACAGGCAGCCACUCUGGAGGCAGAGAGCAGAAGGAACUGGCAACAGCAGAGACCAAAGCAAGAGAUCCUGGCCACGGAGGAAGAAGUGGCCCAGUGCCUCCUUGAUGCGAAGGCACAGGCGCACCAGAGGGGGGUCGAGUUGCAGCAGCUCAAAGCUGAGCUUCAGAAGGCCGGCGAGGAGAACACACAUCUGAAGGCCAGCCUCCUUCAGCUCACCACAGAGCUGGAGGAGCUCAAGGAGGUCGAGGCCGGUCUCGAGAGACAGGAGAGGGAAGUUGAUGAAGACACAACCGUCACCAUCCCCUCAGCCGUGUACGUGGCUCAGCUUUAUCACCGAGUCAGUAAAAUUGAGUGGGACUACGAGUGUGAGCCGGGGAUGGUCAAAGGCAUCCAUCACGGCCCCAGUAUCGCACAGCCCAUCCACCUGGACAGCACCCAGCUCUCCAAGAAGUUCAUCAGCGACUACCUCUGGAACCUGGUGGACACGGACUGGUAGCCAGGAGCCUCGAGGACACGUUUGCGCACAGCGCGGAUCUGCCGUGGAGGGUGGGUGGUGCCUCAGUGAUGAGAUGAGCUUAAAAUUAAACGUUUAUACACAAACA